UAAUACACACCUCAUUCUGGGGCUUGCUGUAUUGUGAUUGACAUGUUUGUAAGAAUGAAUGGCUGUGAACUUGGUACUUCAAUCUCUACAUGUGUGAGUUGGGAUAAGCUAAUUAGGCAGGCGAUGUGGUACAUGAUACUUAAGACUAUUAUUUUGCCUGGGUCUCCUCUCUUAUCAUGACUGCUACAACCCACACUCUGGUCAUGAUUGGGAUGUCACAGAAAGCUCCGUUAAUUUCCGAGGAGGAACAUUUCAUUGAGGAUUUCAGUAAACAGAAUACUGUGCUGCUACCCAACAAAGAUUUUGGGAAGAGGAAAUUCCUUCAUCUUGGAAACAGCACUGGCAGCUUAAAGUCGCCGGGAAAAGAGAAAUCCUUUGAAGGAGGAAUAGGGGGCAUAGAAGAGACCAGUGCCCCCCAAGUUCUCACCAUGAAGUCAGCCCUAAAGCAGUGGAUCCACCCCCCUGACAAACUACUCACUGGACAUAUUGUGUACAAUGUCAAGUUUUUGGGUGAAUGUGAAGUAGACAGUGCCAAGGGAACAGAUAUAGUAAAAGAUGCCAUCAGAAAAAGAAAGUUUAAUAAACAUAUACGAAAGGCAGAGGGCCAGAAAACACCCCGUGUUGAACUGACUAUAUCAGCUGAUGGAGUCACAAUUCAGGAUCCCAAAACCAAAGCCUGUAUGCAUCAAUACCCCCUGCACAGAAUAUCAUACUGCGCUGAUGAUAAAACAGACAAACGGAUGUUUACUUUUAUUGCCAAAGCUUCAGACUCCAACAAGCACUUUUGUUAUGUAUUUGGAAGUGAAAAGUGUGCAGAGGAAAUAACCUUGACCAUUGGUCAGGCAUUUGACCUUGCUUACAGAAGAUUUCUAGAGACCUCUGGACAGGAUAUAGACACAAAGAAGCAAUGUCUUAUGUUACAGAAAAAGGUGCAGACACUAGAACAAGAAAAUGCAGCUUUAAAAAGAAGAAUUCAAGAAUUAGAGAACCUGAAAGGUGUGGAACCAAAUCAGAGGAUUAAUGCAAAUAGUCGUAGCCUUGAAAUAGUUGAGGGUUCAGUCACCAAAGACUCGGACAAUGCUGCACACCCCUCAGGUGUGACAUUGGACCCUUCCAGUCCACCAGAUGAUAGUUCAACAGAAAAUUUCUUUUUUGAUGGCUUUGCUCCACAACCUUCAGUGGGUACUAGACUGGAGAACUUGAUUCUGGACGACAAACCAGUUCAGACAAAUGGUUCCUCCGCCACCAAUGGGUCCACGCCUGUUUCACCCGGCAAAGGCCUCUUGUCUCCCCCUCCGAGAAGCUCAAGGUCACAUUCGCAUUCAUCACCUGCAAAUUCGUCAGGGUCAGUGAACCCCUUUUCCUCCCCAGGGUCUUUCACAUCAGAUGUGGAUCCAUUUGGUAUGACGGCAUUCACCCCUACAGGGCCAGGAUCCACCCCUCAAACUAGCACUGUGAGCAGUACUGAAAAGGAACUGAUGGAUAUGCAGGUGGGAUUUAGUGCUGGCUUGUCCUUUGGCACAGAAGACUUCUCUUUGGCUGACUUUGACCCCUUGAAUCAGAGUUCAUGAUGGGAAUGUGCCAAUCAGAGCAUUGAUGUGAUAUAUUCUACACUAUUUACCUAGUCCUUUAUCACUUUGGUGUUUUUAUAUUAAGUGAAUUCAGGUGUAAAUAACAUUGAAAUACUUACCUGCAAAUACAUGUAUACUUUAGUUUACCAAAGGUCAUCAUUAUGUGCAUGUAUAUACUUAGUCAUGUAGGAGACUCAAAGACUGUUGAAAUAUUUUAUGUAGAUAUAUUAUAUUUUUGUAUGAAUUUAUCCUGGGUCCAAGAAUUACAAAAUAACUAAAUUGCUCUGUGAGUGAAAGUUAUAAUUGUGAGGUAUGUUUUGUAUAAUAGGUAAAACUUUACUUUGCCAUUCCAUUUUGCAGAGCUUAGCAAUAUAUAUACUUGUAUAGCCAUCGGAAGCUUGUACACUAGAAUGUAUUAUUAGAGUUAUGAGAUUUAAGCUUGAUAAUGCAUAUGUGGACUCUACUGUACUUUGAUUGAUCUAAAUAUCAGUACUUAUUUUUAAGUCAUAAUGCACAAGAAUUCUGCAUGCUUAAUUUACUGUUAUAAUUGUUUUGACCAUUUUCGCAGUCAUUUGUAUGGUAAAUAUUAAAUGCUUUCAGUCAUUGUUUUUCAUUAUAGUUCAUAUGGUGGAGUGCAUGAUAUGUGAAAUCAUUUUUUACAGUGGCAUUCAAAUAAAUUCAAUGCAAUGAAAA